UAUAAAUAUAUGUGUUUACAUUGGGAAGACAUAGAGUUCUUAUCUAAGAAAAGGUCUUGAUUUAGUGUACUAACACUUUUUCUAUAGAAAAACUGUAGAGUUUUUAAUUUCACAAUAAAUAUGUCUACUAAAGAAUCUGAAUUAGAUGUUAUUAUCAGAAAAGCAGAAAAAACCGACAUGAAAGACGUUAUGAGUUUGAUUAAGGAACUAGCCGCAUUUGAAAAAUUGGAAGAUCAAGUCAAAAUUAACCACACCAUACUAGAAGCGGAUGGUUUUGAUAGUGAAGGGAGACCAUAUUUUGGAUGUUUAGUUGCACAAUUACCAAACGUUUCCAAAAUCAUAGGUUAUGCUUUAUUUUUCCAUAGUUAUUCCACAUGGAAUGGAAAAGCAAUGGUUCUUGAGGAUCUGUAUAUUCAACCAGAAUAUAGAAAACGGGGGGUAGGUAAGAAGAUGUUUUUGGAAGUUAUGAAACUAGCGUACAAAACAGGAAUGAAACGUGUAGAUUUUCAUGUAUUGGGUUGGAAUCCUGCUAUAUGUUUCUAUAAAAGUAUGGGAGCUGUAGAUUUAUCUGAAACUGAAGAAUGGAAACUAUUCAGGAUGGAUCAUGCAAGUUUGAAAUCAUUAUUUACCUGAUUAUUAAAAUGAAAUAAAAUAUCAAAAAUAAAAAAUAGUUCCUAUAGCAA